CGUAGCGCCAACAAUUUUGAGCAUUACCGAUUUCCCGCCAAGAAAGACCGUCGGCGAGAAGCCGCUCAUCUCCAUAUUCCAUCGUCUUCCAAUUCUUCUCUCCCGUCUCUUCUUGUGCUUCAGAAUUCCCAGAUUUCCUUCAUCUUCAAACCCUUGUUGAAUAGAAUGAAGGGAGGAACUGUCCAGAUUAAUUGGCAUGGCACUAAACCUGUUCUAACCCUAGAUUUUCACCCCCAAUCCGGGAUUUUAGCCACUGGUGGUGCCGAUUUCGAUAUCAAGCUUUGGUUGGUAAACUCAGGCGAAGCACAGAAGGAAGUACCCACAGCUUCCUACCAAAGCAGCCUUUCUUACCAUGGCUCUUCUGUAAACAUUCUACGUUUCGCUCCUUCUGGGGAAUAUCUUGCUUCCGGAGCUGAUGGAGGAGAGCUAAUCAUAUGGAAGUUACACACCACAGAAGUUGGUCAAACAUGGAAAGUUUUGAAGACAUUAUUGUUCCACCGCAAGGAUGUCUUGGAUCUGCAGUGGUCUACUGAUGGUGCAUAUCUUGUUUCCGGAUCUGUUGAUAAUUCUUGCAUCAUUUGGGAUGCUAACAAGGGUUCUGUCCAUCAGAUUUUGGAUGGUCAUCUACAUUAUGUUCAAGGCGUUGCAUGGGACCCCUUAGGUCAUUAUGUUGCUUCACUUAGUUCAGAUAGAACUUGUCGGAUUUACAUGAAUAAGCCUCAGGCCAAAACAAAAGGCCUUGAGAAGAUGAAUUAUGUCUGUCAGCAUGUCAUUUCAAAGGGUGGACAGCAACUGGGAGAUGAGAAUAAGACAUCCAAACAUUCUCUGUUUCAUGAUGAGACGUUGCCAUCUUUCUUUCGAAGAUUGGCCUGGUCACCUGAUGGAUCUUUUCUACUUGCACCAGCAGGUUCGUUCAAAUUCUCACCCACAUCAGAGUCAGUAAAUACUGCAUAUAUUUUUCCAAGAAAAGAUCUUUCAAGGCCUGCCUUACAACUGCCUGGUGCUAACAAACCUGUUGUAGCGGUACGCUUCUGUCCCAUUGUUUUUCACCUGCGGGAUUCUAAAUCAGAUGCCUACUUCAAGCUCCCAUAUCGAGUUGUAUUUGCAAUAGCGACUUUGAAUUCUGUAUACAUCUAUGAUACACAGAGUGUCGUUCCUAUAGCACUGGUUGCUGGUCUUCACUAUGCGGCCAUAACAGACAUUGCAUGGUCAUGUGAUGCCAAGUAUCUAGCGUUGUCGUCUCAAGAUGGUUAUUGUAGCCUCGUAGAGUUUGCAAGUGAAGAAAUGGGUUUGCCGGUCUCCCUUUCAGUAGAUAAGAAAGUCACGGAAGAAAGCAAGAACACCAAAGCUCAAAAGCUGGAUGGCAUGGUGAAUACUCCAACUAACAAUGAUUUUGUGUCCACGGAAAACAAAGCAGACACAGAAGGAAAUAAAUUAAAACAAGCAUCACAAAGCUCUCUUAAUACUCCUGUCCCAAGUAAACCUGUUAAGAGGCGCAUUACUCCCAUGGCAAUUGACCCUUAAUUGUAUUCUUGUGCAUGUAAAUCUUUUGGUUAAUCCAGAGAUGAUUUUUAUCUAUAAGAAAUGCAUUUCUCUGAAUUUAUUAC